AUGACUUGUGUAGCAUUACUGUUCUCAUUUAAUAAGGAAGAUACAAUGAUCAGCACGGAGUAUUGGGAAAAGCUUGGUGACCCCUUUUUAUCCACUGUGAUUCAAGAAGGACUAAACACUGUGGAUGGUGCAAUAUAUCACACAAUGAAAAGGAACAUUAAAAGGGAUAAACUUGCUUCCCCCACUGAGUUGAUGUCAUUUUUCAAGCGACCGGAACCUGAGAGCAGGAAGGUUUCAAGAGCUGCUGAAAUAAUGGAGAUGACUCUUCACCUGAUCAAAAACAAAGUGUAUCAAAAAUAUAAAAGAUCAAUCAAUGCUACUGAUCUCCUCUCGUUCGAUUCAUUGAUUGCACUUGCAAACACUUCAGGAUGCUUCCCUCGCGUCCAGCCUCCCACUUGCUCCAACAGCUGUUUAGCCCACAAAUACAGGACAAUUGAUGGAACCUGCAACAACAGAAACAAUCCUCGAUGGGGAGCCUCAAACACUGCUCUUGCCCGAUGGCUUCCUCCACAAUAUGAGGACGGAUUCAGUCAGCCCAAAGGAUGGAAUUCCGAGUUCUUGUACAAUGGCUUAACGCUACCGCUUGUCCGAGAAGUGACCAACAGGAUUCUGCAUGCAUCCAACGAGGCUGUAAGAGAAGAUACUCUAUAUUCUCAUAUCAUGGUGGAGUGGGGGCAGUAUAUUGUCCAUGAUUUUGCAUUCACACCCCAGAGCAGUAGUCAAGCUGCCUUCCUGGGAGGAAUAGACUGCCAGAGCACAUGCAACAACCUGAGCCCCUGCUUUCCAAUCAAGAUCCCUCGGAGUGAUCCCCGGGUUACAAGCAAUGGCUGCAUCACCUUUUAUCGCUCCGCUCCUAUUUGUGGUUCAGGAGAACAAGACUUUGAAACCGCUUCCGGUCUCAACCCUCGACAACAAAUCAAUGCAUUAACUUCCUUCAUUGAUGCCUCAACUGUCUAUGGCAGCACCCCAGCUCAUGAAGUAAGGCUGAGAAAUUAUACAAGCCAGGAGGGCCUCCUACUUACUAACACAAGAUACCUAGAUGGUGGCUAUGCACUCUUACCUUUCGUGGACCAGGUACAAUCACCAUGUGUGCAAGAACCUAAUGCGCCAAAGGGUGAACGGGUGGAAUGUUUCCUAGCAGGUGAAAGCAGAGCAAAUGAAAUACUCACUCUUGUUUCAAUGCACACGCUCUGGAUGCGUGAGCAUAACCGUUUAGCAAAGGCCUUGCAUGGGAUAAACCCUCACUGGAAUUCAGAAACCGUGUACCAGGAGGCGCGGAAAAUUGUUGGUGCUCUGCAUCAGAUUAUUACAAUGAGAGACUACGUUCCUAAAAUCCUUGGUCCCAGGGCUUUUAAUCAGUUUAUAGGAGCCUAUAGUGGAUAUGAUAAAACUCUGAACCCUGCAGUGUCCAAUGUGUUUGCUACUGCAGCAUUUCGAUUUGGCCAUGCUACUAUAAGCCCUAAGCUACAAAGACUUGAUAAAAAUUACCAGGAGCAUCCCAAUUACCCAAGUCUAAAUCUGCACGAAGCUUUUUUCAGUCCCUGGAGAAUCAUUAAAGAAGGAGGUUUAGACCCCUUGUUCAGAGGACUUCUGGCAAGGCCAGCGAAACUGCAAACUCAGGAUCAAAUGGUGACUGAAGAACUGACAGAGAAACUAUUUGCGCUGACCAAUGCUGUAGCCCUUGACCUGGCCUCACUCAAUCUGCAGCGAGGGCGUGAUCAUGGCCUUCCUGGAUACAAUGACUGGAGGGAGUUUUGUGGAUUGGAAAGAUUGGAAACUAAAAUGAAUUUAAGUGAAGCAAUCUCUGAUUUAGAUUUAGUUGAAAAGAUUAUGGAUGUCUAUAAGUAUCCAGACAAUAUCGAUGUCUGGCUUGGCAGUUUAGCAGAAGAUUUUCUCCCUGGAGCUAGAAUCGGACCAUUGUUUGGCUGUUUAAUUGGAAAACAAAUGAAAGCUUUGAGAGAAGGUGAUAGGUUUUGGUGGGAAAGUCCUGGUAUCUUCACAUCAGCCCAAAGACAUGAACUUUUGAAGCAUUCGCUGUCCCGUGUCAUUUGCGAUAACACUGGAAUUACUGAAGUACCAUUGGAUGCUUUUCAAUUGGGGCAGUUCCCACAAGAUUUUGUACCAUGCAAUCAAGUUAACAAACUAAAUCAUCAGGCCUGGCGUGAAAAUCUCAAACAAGUUGGAUUGUGUGGCCCCCCAAAACCAGUGGAGCAUGGAGACUUUGUGCUGUGCAACACAUCUGAACCAUCCAUCAUUUCAUACAUCUGUCACCAUGGUUUUCAACUGGUUGGACUGGAGGAGCUGAUCUGCACAGUCAAGGGAUGGAGCAGCGAUCCACCAGUCUGCAAGGACAUCAAUGAAUGUAAAGACACCACACAUGCUGCCUGUCAUGCCUCUGCAACCUGUGUCAACACUGAGGGACGUCACAGAUGUAUCUGUUCUGAUGCUUUCAUCCUUUCAGAAGAUGGACAGUUUUGUAUUGAUUCUGGCAGGCUAUCUAAAGCUUCAGUGGCUUGUAUCAUUUUAGCCGUCAUACUUUGUUGCCUUGCUAUACUGACAUUGAUAGCUCUUAAGCAGAGGUCAAAUGCAAAGAAAGCAAUAAUACAGAUGAGUAUAUUAAAUGGUAAUGAAAAUCUGGGCGUUGAGACCAACCAUGACAAAAUCAAUGAAACGAGGCAGAGAGGUGUGGAGAAUGCUGGUGACAAUUUUGUCUGGAAAUAA